AUGAAGCUAAUCCUGGACGUGGUGACAAGUGAACAGGUUUACAGCCUAGUCCUCAUGGAGGAAGCAGCCGAAUCCAGCGCCGCGCCGUGCCAGCUGCCGACUCUCGACACGACGUACGAACAGUACGGCGGUCGUGAUCCCGAAGCGAAAGAGCUGGCGCAGUGGAUGCAGAAGCCGGACAUCCGGGCAGCUGCUGUUGUGGCGAGCGGCGGCAUGGGCAAGACCUGUCUGGCGGUCGACGUGGCGUGGCGGCUGUGGCGCUGCAAGCAGUGCUCCGCGGGUGUCCUGUACGUGGACUGCCGAGGGGCGUUCUCUCGCGACGCGAUGGUGAUGCGCCUGCGUGCGGCUGCCGGGCUGAGUGGCGAGCAGGGCGGCGUGGAGGGACUGCUGACGGCUCUGGGCAAGAUGUGCUCCGCCGACCGCCUGGGGGGGUCGCUGCUGGUGGUUGUGGACAACGCGGAGGAUCCGGCGGCGGCGGACGGCGGUACGGCACUGGCGGAGGUGCUGACUCAGCUGCUGCUGGCGAGCGCCAAGAUCCAGUUGCUCGUCACAUCACGUGUGGACGUUGCCGUACACAAUAUGCCGCCGCCACACACUCACCGUAUUGCACCGCUCGCCCCGGCGGUGGCGGCUGGGCUGGUGCAGCAACUGGCUAAGGGUGUGCUGACGGGCGAGGAGUCCCGGACCGUGGCGGAGGCGUGUGGCUGCGUGCCGCUGGCGUUACGAUUGGUUUCGGAGGCCUUGGUGGCGGGGGCCCUCCCGCUGGAGGACGUGCAAGAGGCAGUGGCAACCCGGCAAGACAGUACGGCACCAGCAGCGGACAGUGGGGGUGGCAGUACGGCAGACCGGCAGCAGAAGCAGGACAUGACGGUUAUGUUCGUUGAGAUGGUGCUACGGUCCUUGCCUGCAGCGAUGAAAGAAAUUGCGAUGCAAAUAUCGGCAUUCACAGGUGUGCUGACAGCGGCGUCGACGGCUGUGGUGAUGGGGGUGGUCGGCUCCUCCGAACACGAAGUUCGCGCCCAGCUGGCCAGUCUUCAUCGCCUCAGUGUCGUACUGCAGCACGGCGACGAUAGCUUCCUGAUGCAUACCCACGUCCGCGACGUAGCUCGCAAGCUGCUAGCGGAGGAAGCUCCGCCGGCAUUGCGUACGGCAGUACGGGAGCGCUUCGCCCAUUACGCCGCCGGCCUUCUUUCCCGCUGGCAGCGCCUUCACGAGUCCAAGGCGCUCAAGCUGAUGGCUGCGGAGGUGGCUGCUCACUGGUCGGAUGUGGAGCAGUUCUUGGCGGAUGUUGCCGGGGAGGCGGCGGGAGGGAACAGGCCGCUGCUGGGCGCCGCCGCCCCGCCACUGCCCCUCAGCCCCCAGCUUCUGAAAGACACGGCCCUGCUCAGCACCCUCGGCAACAGCGACUCCCUUUACGCCAUCGGCAACGCCUGGAUGAGCGCGCAGUAUCUGACGCUGACGCAGAAGCUCGUGGAGGUGACAGGGCAGCCAGCGCCUAGCCAGGAGGGUGACGCGGCAGCCGGGGAGCGGGAGCAGCGGCUAUCGCACGCUGCAGCGCUGUUGGUUCGUUGCGAGGCGCUCAUGUACACGGGCGAGUACGAGGAAUCGGAGGGGCUGGCGGCGAGGGCAGUUGAGCUGUACGAGCAACUGCUGGGUCGCGACAGUGUGGGGUGCGCUGCGGCUCUGCACCUUCGUGCCAGCUGCCUGCAAGGGCAGGGCCGAGGUACGGAUGCCGUACCGCUGUACCGCGAGUCGUUGGCGGUACGGCAGGAGGCGCUGGGCCCCACGCACCGCCACACAACCGCCACCAUCACGCACCUGGCGAUGCAGCUUUCCAUGGAGGGGGCGCACUCGGAGGCGGAGGGGCUGUACAGGCAAGUCCUCGAGGCGCAUCAACGCAACCUGGGCUCCUCCCACAACCUGACCGCCCAGGCCCUCUCCAACCUGGCGGGCUGUCUGCACGAGCUCGGCAAGCUGGCGGAGGCGGAGGCCAUGUACCGCAAGGCCCUGAACGUGGCGUUCACGCUGGUGGGCUUGGCGGCGGUUGUACGGGAGGGCGGCGACCUAGAGGCCGCUGAGGAGCUGUACCGGCAGGCCCUGGACGUGUGUCGUACGGCGCUGGGUUCCCGUCACCCGCACUCCCAAAUGACGCUGGUUGCGCUGCGGGAGCUGCUGACGGAGCGGGGCAAGGACCAGGAGGCGGAGGCGCUGGAGCUGUAG